AUGAGACUUUUGAAACCUCAUUCUCUAAAUUUCCUUGUUGAUCAAAAUGAAUUGAAAAAAGAUUUAGAAGAACCCUUGAUGGCACAUCUAAAUAAAAGAGGUUUGAUCUCAAGUACAACAAGUGAGGAACUUGAAAAAGUAUUAGAAAAGACAAAAUUAGGAUUAUAUUGUGGUGCUGAUCCAACUGCAAAAUCACUACAUUUGGGUAAUCUUCUACCUUUGUUAAUCCUUCUUCAUUUCAAUCUCAGAGGACAUCAUAUUACCGGCUUAGUUGGAGGUGCAACUGGAGCAGUUGGUGAUCCAAGUGGGAGAACAACUGAACGAGCAACUAUGGAAGAGCAAACAAGAUUGGAUAACGUUUCAAAGAUUAAACAACAAAUGGAGCAUUUCUUUAACAAUGGUGUGCGAUAUGUUAAAUACUUGAGCACUUCUAAAGUCAUUGAAGAAGGGAGAAUUCAAUCCAAGAACAAUUACGACUGGUGGAAAGAUGUCACACUUCUUGAGUUCCUAGCUAAAUAUGGCCGUCAUAUUAGGGUUGGACAAAUGUUAGCUAGAGAUAGUGUUAAAGGAAGAUUAGAAUCAGAAAAUGGUAUUGGUUUCAAUGAGUUUGCCUACCAAAUUUUACAAGCUUAUGAUUUCUGGCAUUUAUUCCGUAAUGAAAAUGUCUCCAUCCAAGUUGGAGGUAAUGAUCAAUGGGGGAAUAUAACAGCAGGUAUUGAUUUUAUUACUAGACUGAAAGCAAAUCUAAAAGAAAACAAUAAAAAAGAUAAGGAAAUUCAAAGACUUACUGGAAGAUCUUCAUUUGGUGUUACUGUUCCAUUACUCACCACUGCAUCUGGUGAAAAAUUUGGUAAAAGUGCUGGAAAUGCAGUAUUUAUUGACCCAACAGUCACCCCAUCAUUCGAUUUAUAUCAAUACUUCAUCAAGACCCCAGAUUCAGAAGUUGAAAAACUUUUGAAAAUUUUUACUUUUUUACCAUUGAAACAAAUUGAAGAAAUCAUUACCAAACAUAAUGAAGAUCCAACUAUCAGAUCUGCUCAAAGAAUUUUGGCUAAUGAAGUUACAGAUUUGAUUCAUGGUGUUGGAUCUGGUAAAGAUGCUGAGAUUGUUAGUUCAAUACUAUAUCCUUUACCCGAAGAUCCAUAUCCAGAUAUUACAUCUGAUGAGCUAAUCAGUUCUUUCAAAGCCGCAAAUGUAUUGAAAGUCUUACCUAAAGAAGAAUUUAUUGGGAAACCUUAUAGUGCUAUUCUUUCAAAAGUUCAAGAUAUAUCAAGAAACGAAGCACGUAAAUUGAUAACAAGUGGUGGAGUUUACCAAGGUUAUGAAAGAAUUAGAAUUGAUACAUCAGAUUCAAUGUUGAUUGGAGAUGAACAAUUGAUUGAUGGUAAAGUUUUAUUGUUGAGAGUCGGAAAAGGUAAAUAUCAUGUCAUACAACUCGUAUGA